CCCACCACGAUUAUUAUUAUUCUCACAGAAAAUGUCCUUCGAGUCUCUCUCUUGAUCGUCCCACGUGGCAGUUGAGUUGAGAUAUCAAGCAGAAGCAGAAGAAGAAGAAGAAGCACUCUGGUUCUUCUGAGGCACAACCUCGUUCCAACAGCCAUGGCGGUUCCUGCAACAUCCUCAGCCCCUGUCCUUCGACCCAUCCCCACCAACCGUUCCUUCUCUUCCCCAUUCCGUUCACUCCCCACUCCCACCACCCGAAAACCCCUAACCGUCUUCGCCAUGGCCCCUAAGAAGAAGGUGAACAAGUACAACGAAAACUGGAAAAAGGAGUGGUUUGGCGCGGGGAUAUUCUACGAGGGGAGCGAGGAAGUGGAGGUGGACGUGUUCAAGAAGCUGGAGAAGAGGAAGGUUUUGAGCAACGUGGAGAAAGCAGGCUUGCUCUCCAAGGCAGAACAAUUAGGAUUCUCGCUCUCUUCCAUAGAGAAGCUCGGCGUCUUCUCCAAAGCCGAAGAGCUCGGCUUGCUCAGCUUGCUCGACCGAGCCGCCAGCUUCUCCCCCUCCGUCCUCGCCUCCGCCGCCAUCCCCGCCUUCGUCGCCGCAAUCGCCGCCGUUGUCAUCAUUCCCGAUGACUCCGCCGCGCUCGUCGCCGUCCAGGCUGUUGUUGCCGCCGCACUCGGCGUCGGCGCCGUCGGUCUGUUCGUUGGCUCCGUCGUGCUCGGCGGAUUGCAGGAGGCGGAUUGAUUGAUUGAUUGAUUGAUUGAAUGAUGUGGGAAUGGUAUGUGGAUGAAUUAAUUUUAGAAUUUUUUUUUUUUUUGUCUUUGUAGUUGUAGAAUUGAGGAGAGAUUAUGGCUGUUUCUUUUGGUGUAAAAAAUUGUAAUAAAAAAAUGAAAAUGACAAUAAUUGACUGGAAAUGGGUGCAUACAACAAAAUGUAGUGUCUCUGUCUCUUCUGAAUGAAUGAAUUGCUGUUUUCUGAUU